AUGGAUGAAAGCAACGACGACUUGCAAAAAAAAAGAAAAACGAUUGUGGUCGUUCAUCAUCAAAGCAAAGCAGAGCAAAGUAAAGCAGAAACUUCAAGUAGGUGUGGAGAAAGAAUUUCGCAAAAAUUAUCAUCAGAAGAAAGAAACUCAAGCAAGUUUCAAGAUCGUAAUUAUAAGAAAAAAGCUCUUUUGCGAAAAUUACGUUCAAGAAUUUUAUUUCAUGAACGAGUCAAGAGAGAAGAUGUUGAUCAAAGACGAACGAAACGGCACUUUAACGUGUUGCGAGUAUUUAAUCUUUAA